AUGGGUAACGGUGCAAAGGCUCAGCAGAAGCGUGAGCGCAACCAAAAGGACCAGAAGUCUGCCAAGUCUCAACUCAAGACGAACGCGGCCGCUUGCAACAUCGUUUGCUCUAUCUGCAAGCAGACCUUCCUCCAGACUUCGAAGGCCCCGGCUUUGGCCACCCACGCCGAGAACAAGCACAGCAAGACCAUCGCGGAAUGCUUCCCUGGUGUGCAGGUCUAG